AUGGCGGACACUACUCCUGCUCCCCACGGCGCGUCGGGCACGUAUUCUAGCAACACCUCUUCAGACAACCCUAACCACCUGAACACCAACAUUGAGUCGGGCACCUUCGACGAGAAGACCGCGCACCAUGAUGCCGCCGCCCCGCCCACGACGACCAAGAAGCCGCUCGAGGAUGAGGAAGAGGACGAGGACAUGGACGCCCUGAUCGACGAGCUCGAGUCCCAGGAUGGCCAUCUAGAGGAAGAGGAGGGCGAGGUCGAGGCAGCUCCAGGAGCUGGACGCGUCGUCCCCGAGGACCAGCUCCAGACCGACACCCGCAUUGGUCUUACAGAGUCCGAGGUCCACGCCCGCCGCAAGAAGUACGGCAUGAAUCAGAUGAAGGAGGAGAAGGAGAACCUGAUCCUGAAGUUCCUCGGAUACUUCAUUGGCCCUAUUCAAUUCGUUAUGGAGGCUGCCGCCGUGCUCGCCGCCGGUCUCGAAGAUUGGGUCGAUUUUGGUGUCAUUUGCGCCCUGCUGCUGCUUAACGCCGCCGUCGGUUUUAUCCAAGAAUUCCAAGCUGGUUCCAUUGUCGACGAAUUGAAGAAGACUCUCGCCCUCAAGGCCGUCGUUCUCCGUGACGGCCGUCUUUUCGAGGUCGAGGCGCCUGAGGUCGUGCCUGGAGAUAUCCUCCAGAUCGAAGAGGGCACUAUCAUUCCCGCUGAUGGCCGCAUUGUCACCGACGAUGCUUUCCUCCAAGUCGAUCAAUCUGCCAUUACUGGUGAAUCUCUCGCGGUCGACAAGCACAAGGGUGAUCAAUGUUUCGCCUCCUCGGGUGUUAAGCGUGGUGAGGCCUUUAUGGUCAUUACUGCCACUGGUGAUAACACCUUCGUCGGCCGUGCCGCCGCUCUCGUCAACCAGGCUUCCAGCGGUACCGGUCAUUUCACUGAGGUGUUGAACGGUAUCGGUACGGUGCUCUUGAUCUUGGUCAUCUUCACCCUCUUGAUCGUCUGGGUUUCGUCCUUCUAUCGCUCUAAUGGAAUCGUCACGAUCCUCGAAUACACUCUUGCCAUCACCAUUAUUGGUGUCCCCGUCGGUCUCCCCGCUGUCGUUACUACCACCAUGGCAGUUGGUGCCGCUUAUCUCGCCAAGAAGAAGGCUAUCGUCCAGAAGCUCUCUGCCAUUGAGUCCCUUGCUGGUGUCGAAAUCCUCUGCUCUGACAAGACCGGUACAUUGACCAAGAACAAGCUCUCGCUCGCUGAGCCCUUCACUGUUCCCGGUGUCGAGCCCGAUGACCUCAUGUUGACUGCCUGUCUCGCUGCUUCCCGCAAGAAGAAGGGUAUUGAUGCUAUUGACAAGGCUUUCUUGAAGGCACUCCGAUACUACCCCCGUGCCAAGUCCGUUCUGUCCAAGUACAAGGUCAUUGAAUUCCAUCCUUUCGAUCCCGUCUCCAAGAAGGUUCAAGCUGUCGUCGAAUCCCCGCAAGGAGAGCGCAUUAUCUGCGUCAAGGGUGCACCGCUUUUCGUUUUGAAGACUGUCGAGGAAGACCACCCUAUCCCUGACGAGAUUGACCAAGCCUACAAGAACAAGGUCGCAGAAUUCGCUACUCGUGGUUUCCGUUCUCUCGGUGUUGCCCGCAAGCGUGGUGAAGGCCAAUGGGAAAUCCUCGGUAUUAUGCCGUGCUCUGAUCCUCCUCGUCACGACACUGCCCGUACUAUCAACGAAGCCAAGACUCUCGGUUUGUCAAUCAAGAUGUUGACUGGUGAUGCUGUCGGUAUCGCUCGUGAGACUUCCCGCCAACUCGGUCUUGGUACCAACGUCUACAACGCUGAACGUCUCGGUCUCGGUGGCGGUGGUGAUAUGCCAGGUUCCGAGGUCUAUGAUUUCGUCGAGGCUGCUGAUGGAUUCGCUGAGGUUUUCCCCCAACACAAGUACAAUGUCGUCGAGAUUCUCCAACAGCGUGGUUACCUCGUUGCCAUGACUGGUGACGGUGUCAACGAUGCCCCAUCCUUGAAGAAGGCUGAUACUGGUAUUGCUGUCGAGGGUGCAUCUGAUGCUGCUCGUUCCGCCGCUGAUAUCGUCUUCUUGGCCCCCGGUCUCGGUGCUAUCAUCGAUGCUCUUAAGACUUCCCGCCAGAUUUUCCAUCGUAUGUACGCCUACGUUGUCUACCGUAUUGCCCUGUCGCUCCAUUUGGAAAUCUUCCUUGGUCUUUGGAUCGCCAUCUUGAACAGAUCUCUCAACAUCGAAUUGGUUGUAUUCAUCGCCAUUUUCGCUGAUGUUGCCACCUUGGCCAUCGCUUACGACAAUGCUCCAUUCUCCAAGACCCCAGUCAAGUGGAACCUUCCCAAGCUGUGGGGUAUGUCCAUCCUUCUCGGUAUUGUCCUUGCCAUCGGUACCUGGAUCACCCUUACUACUAUGAUUGCUCGUGGUGAGAAUGGCGGUAUUGUCCAAAACUUCGGUGUCCUCGAUCCGGUCGUCUUCCUGGAGAUUUCGCUCACUGAGAACUGGCUUAUUUUCAUUACUCGUGCUAACGGUCCUUUCUGGUCCUCCAUCCCCUCGUGGCAACUGGCUGGUGCUAUCUUGAUUGUCGAUAUUAUCGCAACCUUCUUCACCCUCUUCGGUUGGUUCGUUGGUGGCCAAACCUCCAUUGUCGCCGUCGUCCGUAUUUGGGUCUUCUCAUUCGGUGUCUUCUGCAUCAUGGGAGGUGUCUACUAUCUCCUCCAGGACAGCACUGGAUUCGACAACCUCAUGCAUGGAAAGUCACCUAAGAAGAACCAGAAGCAACGAUCACUAGAAGAUUUUGUUGUCUCGCUUCAACGUGUGUCCACUCAACACGAGAAGUCGGCAUAA